CCAUUUUCAUAUGAAAAUUCCAAGUCUCCAUUAUGCGGCUGAGUCAAAAUCCAAGAGAGUGAGAGACAGAUAUGCCCUUUUCUCAUCGUCCUUAACCCACAGCUUAUGGGGUUCAGUCCUUUAUCCCCUCCGAUUUGACCCUUUUCUGAAUUUCCUUAGCCUUUCUUCUAAAUCGAUUACCAGAAGAAGGGUUUUCCACGAACCCCGUGUGGGUUUUUUGUUCGCUCCUUGCUCGGAUCAUCCUCUGCGGGCUGCUGAAUUGACUCGAGGCUCCAAUCCGGGUGUUCUUGAGGCCUACCUUGUGGUUCAUUGGACACUUCGAAAUUUUGCACGUCGACCGUCAAAUGGGACUUUGCUGUAGUAAGCCUGAUAUCAAAGAUGAGGAGUCUGAGCAUCAUGUUGAGUUUGGUGCUGGAAAUGUGCAUCUCAUCACAACCAAAGUAGCUUGGGAUCAAAAGCUCGAAGAAGCCCGUUCGGAUGGCAAGAUCGUGAUUGCAAACUUCAGUGCGACAUGGUGUGGCCCUUGCAAGAUGAUUGCUCCAUUCUACUGCGAAUUAUCGGAGAAAUACCCGUCGUUGAUGUUCCUAGUAGUUGAUGUUGAUGAAUUAAGUGACUUCAGCACUUCAUGGGAUAUCAAAGCUACUCCUACCUUUUUCUUCCUUAAAGAUGGGCAGCAAAUCGACAAGCUCGUCGGAGCGAAUAAACCCGAACUUCAGCAGAAAAUUACUGCAAUGGCGGAUUCUCUGGUCCCCGACCGGCAUUGACUUCUGGUAAGUAUCAUUUUGAAGCUCUGAAUUGUGGAUGUCUGUUUUAUUUUCAUCUGUAUAAUGAUUCCUCUUUUCUGUGUAUAUAUGUGAAGUUGAUUAUUAGAAAUAUUUAUGAGUUCUUGAAGCUUUAGGUUUUGAAUUAUUGGUCAUGUUCAAGAAAAAAUAAGAUUUGGAUGAAGUAUGUACAAUCUUUUUCACGACUUAUACUCGACCGUACUUGAACAGGAUCUGUAUUAUAGGUUGUAUAACCGUGUUCUUGGGUUCUA